ACGAGUUGCAGCUACAGCUGUGGUACAAACACUGCACAUGGUAGCAUUUGCCCACUGGAAGUUGCGACAGCACCACACACCUCUCUAAGCUUGAUAUUACUUGUUUUUGAUAGCUUUUCUGUUAGCAAGCGGGAGUUUUAGUAAGUGGUCGUUUCAACCAAAAGUUUUCGCCAUUUAUCUUCGUUGUCAGGUUGUUAGCGAACGGUUGGCAGCACUUGCUUGCGGCUUUCGAGGCGUGCAAUUUAAAGUUUUUGCUACUCUGUCUGCAACAAGCUAUCUACUUCAACAAAGGCUGAGGAUGUCGACCAACUCCAAUCAAGUCAAAAGCUGCCCCAUUCCUACCAGGGUGCUCACCCUGAAGGACUGGUCUCAGCUGCCCGACUGCUACAGCCAAACACCCGGGGGGACCCUCUUCUCCACCACGCCUGGAGGCACCCGCAUCAUCUAUGACAGGAAGUUUCUGCUGGAGUGCCGAAACUCACCCAUCGCCCGCACUCCCCCAUGCUGUCUGCCCCAGAUCCCUGGGGUAACAGUACCUGCGACACACCCCAUUGGGAAGCUGCAGGAGCUCAAAGAGGAGGCUGAGGAAGAGGAGAAGGACCUUGCAGAUGACAACCAGUUUGAGAUGGACAUCUGAACUCCAGUGUUACCUCCUAUGGAGAGACAUGUUUCUAAAAACCGUUAUGUGUUACAGAUUAAAGCUUUUGUCCGCUUCAUUUUUUCUUUUUUUUUUUCUUUUUUUACAUUUUUGAGGAACCAAAAAAAGAAAACUGUAGGGUGUUGUUGACCCUAAAAAAAAAAAGCACCAGAGUGUUAAAUGAAGAACGGACAUUAAAUGAGAGGAUUGGUGGCUCACACGCCUCUGAGCCACAGCAGGAAGGAAUUGAUCGGUUUUGAUUUCACCUUUUUUAAUAAUUUUCUUUGUAAAUAAGAAUAUGGUACUAUGUAGCCUAUUUUCUAAGCUAGGGAAUGUAAGACGAUUACAGUAAGUACAGUAAGUAGUUUUUUUUUUGUUUUGUUUUGUUGUUUGUCCUCCCCAAAGUGGAAUGCUAAUUUCCCCUUGUGAUUGCCAUACAAGGGAGAAGGGGGGUUGGGGGUGUUCAGGACCUACUGAAAAUCAGGUCCUCAGGGAGAGAUGUGAAUAAUUUCCAUUAAUAAAAAAAAAAAAAAAUCAUAAUAAAAAA